AACCGAGGCCCAGCAAGGUCGAGUAACCGGCCUGGGGCAACCGCUGAGAAGCAGCGCUGCGGUUGGGUGGACUAUGAUUUUCUCUUCUCAGCAAGCCCGGGGGCCUGGCGAGGAACCAGUGUGGGCUAAGAUUGCAAAGAGAGGAAGGCGCAAAGAAUUGCAAGGACUACGAAGCUGCGGCUGCGGGAAGGGAUGCGGGAAGGGAUGGGGGAAGCCCCCCCGGUCGCAGGCGCUGGUGCCUCCACACCUGGGUACCUCGGGAUCCGACAGCCCCAGAAGUGGGGGCCAGUGUCCGUGCCCUGGGGGCUUCGCAGCCACGGGUGGGGCUCCUGGGGGACAGGCGCAGCCUUACCUGUCCCGGCGCUCACCUGGUGGCCGACUUGGAGGUGGCGGCGGAGGCGUAGCAAGCCUUCCUGGGUCCCCUACCCUCGCCCCGCCCCGGGGGGUGGGCGGGUGCGCGUGAGGCGCUCAGGACCGGCCGGACCUGUGGGACCCGGGGCCCCGGGUGUCUGGGGAGGCCGUCAAAUGGAGAAGGAAGGCUCUUCCGGGGCUGGGACAACUGUGGGCGGCGGGAUACCUCGGCGCUUGCAAACAUAAAUACCGCCGUAGUAGUGGUGGCAGGAGACGCGUGCGGGCAGCUGGCGCCCGCGAGGCAUCUAGAAAACCAUUCGUGUGAAGACCUCCCUGCCAUCCUGCCUCCUUCCCUGUGAGGCUGCCAGAUCCCCCUGCAUCCCCCAUCAUCCCAGUUCCUCCUGCUGUCCCUGAGGGAAUCUGAUCCACUCCAGACCCCUUCCCUUCCCCUCUCCGCUUCCCACCCUCUCCCCUACCAUGCGCUCCUUUCGUCCCUGCUGGUCCUGCUGCUGUUUGCUCCUCUUUUCCUCCCUGGGAGUUCAGGGGUCUCCAAAGGCUCCCAGUGCUGCUCCGGAGCAAGUCCACCUGUCCUACCCAGUUUACCGCUGCGGCAGUACUCAGGGCUGGAGCCGUCGGUUCCGAUUCAGGGCCCUGAAGCAUGGGCCUCACUGGAGCCCCCGUCUGGCUGUGUUUGGGGACCUGGGGGCUGACAAUCCAAGAGCCCUACCCCGGCUGCGCAGGGACACCCUGCAGGGCAUGUACGAUGCUGUUCUCCAUGUGGGAGACUUUGCCUACAACAUGGAUGAGGACAACGCACGCGUCGGAGACAAGUUCAUGAAUCUUAUUGAACCUGUGGCCGCCAGCCUGCCCUACAUGACGUGCCCUGGGAAUCACGAAGAACGCUACAACUUCUCCAACUACAAGGCUCGUUUCAGCAUGCCUGGGAACAGCGAAGGCCUGUGGUACAGCUGGGAUCUGGGCCCAGCACACAUCAUCUCCUUCUCCACCGAGGUGUAUUUCUUCCUCCAUUACGGCCGCCACUUGGUAGAAAAACAGUUUCACUGGCUGGAGAGUGACCUCCAGAAAGCCAAUCAGAACCGGGUAGCCCGGCCAUGGAUCAUUACCAUGGGUCACCGGCCCAUGUACUGUUCCAAUGCCGAUUUGGAUGACUGUACGUGGCAUGAAAGCAAGGUUCGCAAAGGCCUCCUCGGCAAGUUCUAUGGGUUGGAGGACCUCUUCUACAAAUAUGGGGUCGACCUGCAGCUGUGGGCUCACGAGCACUCGUACGAACGGCUGUGGCCAAUUUACAAUUACCAGGUAUAUAACGGCAGCCGGGAGAUGCCCUACACCAACCCUCGAGGCCCCGUUCACAUCAUCACAGGGUCCGCGGGUUGUGAGGAGCGGCUGACCAGCUUCACCCUCUUCCCGCGGCCCUGGAGCGCUAUGCGCGUGAAAGAGUACGGGUACACGCGGCUACAUAUCCUCAAUGGGACCCAUAUUCACAUCCAGCAGGUGUCCGAUGACCAGGAUGGGAAGAUUGUAGACGACAUCUGGGUGGUGAGACCCCUGCUCGGUCGGAUGAUGUAUCUCUAAGGAUGGGGACAGCUCUCAUCUGGGACCCCGGGCCUUACUGCCUUGGCUGGGGUGCCCAGGCCCAGGAGGGGAGUCAGGGCGGGCCUUGACUCCUCUAGCCUCCUGAGCCCUGUGAGGGGUGGAUGCAGCCCCUAGGGAGCUGGAGCAGCUUUCCCCUUCCUGAUCGUCUGGAGGGCAAAUGUGCAAAGUGAAGCAAGACAGGUUUUGGGUGGCACAGCCCUGCCCUCCUGCAUAGCACUGACUGUGCGGAGUGUCCACAGAGCCUCUGGAAUAAAGAGGCUUAUGACUGUGGCUCCGUGGAGUCUGCACUUCUGCUGGGGAUGCCCUGCUGGGCCACCUCCUCUCCUGUGGGCCUGCGAGGACCAUCACCAGCCCCAAGUCAGCAGGGUGGGAGCGGCUGUCAUGAUGCCACUCUCCAGCAGAUAGCGCCUGUGACUUUCUCCUCCAGGCCCGCCUUCAGUGCCAACCAGAUGCGGGGCUUCAAUGGCCCAAGGAAUGCUAACCAGUGUCCCUUCGUGCCUCAGUUUCCCAGCCUGGCACUGACUUAUUCUGGAAGAGGGGCAGAUGUUAACUCCUAACUGGGGCAGCUGACAAGCAUUAGGAGCUACGGACCCGCUGUUUUCCUCCUGUUUUACACUCCCCCUCCCUCUGUUUCCCUCUUUCUUUCAUGUAUUCAACCAUUAUUUAUUGAGCACCUAUCAUGUGCCAGGACCUGUUCUCCAUGCCAUGUUGUCUGCCCUCAUGGAGCCAACAUUCUAUCCAGGGCGUCAGACAGCAACACAAUAAAUAAGUAAAAUAUAUAACAGGGUCAAUAGUGAUAAGUGCUCAGAAAAAGCAGGGGAGGGGAUGGAGAGUAGUGGGGGGUGGGCAGUUGCAAUUUUCAUGAGGAUGGUCAGGGAGACUGCACUAAGAGGGUGACAGGUGAAGGAAGGAGCCAUGUGGGCAGAAUAGUCCAGGCAGAGCAACAGCCCGUGCAAAGGCCCUGAGACAGAAAUGCACCUGCUCUGUCAGAGCAUCAGUGAGGAGGCCAGUGCAGCUGGGGCAGAGAGUGAGGGGAAGAGUGGGGAUGAGGGCAGGGAGGUGGCAGGGGCUGAUAUGUGGGUUCUUGUGGGUCA